AUGGCGGCCAUUGCCUCCCAGACCUACACCCCCGCCGAGGAGACCGAGAUCCAGAAGUGGGUUGACACCGCCGCCUCGGCCGCCUCGACGCCGUCCGUCCUCGCCGAGCUCAACACCCUCCUGGCCACCCGCACUACCGUCCUCGGCUCCAAGCCGUCCAAGGCCGAUGUUGCCGUCUACGAGUCCCUGGCGCCCGUCGUCAAGGCGUGGACGCCCGAGCAGCGCACCGGCAAGGAGGGCCUGCCCAACAUUGUGCGCCUCGUCGACUUUGUGCAGAACAGCCCCGCCUUGUUCGGCGUGACGGUCGCCGACGCCGACAAGGUCGCCAUUGACGCUGAGGAGGUUCUGUACGUGGCACCGGCAGUCGAUUCCAAGGCCGAGAAGGAGCGCCUGAAGAAGGAGAAGGCCGCCGCCGCCGCCGCUGCUGCACCAGCAGGCGAGGAGAAGCAGCUGGCCGACCGGACAAAGAAGCAGGACAAGAAGCCUGCCGCAGAGGGUGAGGCUGCAGCAGGUGGCGCAGCAGGUGCUGCUGCUGGUGCCGCUGCUGGUGCCGCCGCCGAGGGCCUCCCGACCAAGAAAAAGGAAAAGAAGGAGAAGCAGGCCCGCCCACCCAAGGCGGCGCCGCCACCGCCGGCGCCGCCCUCGCCGUCUCUGAUUGACCUCCGCGUCGGCCACAUCCUCAAGGCCGUCAAGCACCCCGAAGCCGACUCGCUCUACGUUUCCACCAUUGCCAUGGGCGACGCCAAGGGCACCACGGACACCGAGGAGUACGAGGGCCAGGUCGUGCGCACCGUCUGCUCCGGUCUCAACGGCCUUGUGCCCCUCGAGGAGAUGCAGGGCCGCCGGGUCGUCGUCGUCUGCAACCUCAAGCCCGUCAAGAUGCGCGGCAUCAAGUCGGCCGCCAUGGUCCUGGCCGCGUCGCCGCGCCUCAAGGAGGGCGAGGAGGACCACCACGGCGGCCCGGUCGAGCUCGUCAACCCGCCGGCCGGUGCCCCCGCCGGCACCAAGGUCUUCUUUGAGGGCUGGAAGGGCGAGCCGGAGGGCCAGCUGAACCCCAAGAAGAAGGUGUGGGAGAUGUUCCAGCCCGGCUUUACGACCACGGACGACCUCGAGGUUGGCUUUGACGCGGGCGUGGUCAAGGAGCUCGGCAAGGAGGGUGUGGGCAAGCUGGUGACGGAGAGCGGCGGAGUGUGCACGGUCAAGUCGCUCAAGGGCGCGACGGUGCGGUAA